GAUAUAAGCUUACCAAAGUCGGCAACAAUAUGCUACACAGCUGCCUUGCUCAAAGCAAGAGCUGUUUCUGACAAAUUCUCUCCUGAGGCUGCAUCUCGGCGGGGGCUGAGCACAGCAGAGAUGAAUGCGGUAGAGGCCAUUCAUAGAGCUGUGGAAUUCAAUCCUCACGUGCCAAAAUACCUACUAGAAAUGAAAAGCUUAAUCCUGCCCCCAGAACACAUCCUGAAGCGAGGGGACAGUGAAGCGAUAGCAUAUGCGUUCUUCCAUCUGGCGCACUGGAAGAGGGUGGAAGGAGCUUUGAAUCUUCUCCAUUGCACGUGGGAAGGCACUUUUCGGAUGAUCCCUUAUCCCUUGGAAAAGGGGCAUCUGUUUUAUCCCUACCCCAUCUGUACAGAGACAGCAGAUCGCGAGCUGCUUCCAUCUUUCCAUGAAGUCUCAGUUUACCCCAAAAAGGAGCUUCCCUUCUUUAUUCUCUUUACUGCUGGAUUGUGUUCCUUCACAGCCAUGCUGGCCCUCCUGACACAUCAGUUCCCGGAACUCAUGGGGGUCUUUGCAAAAGCUUUCCUCAGCACGUUGUUUGCCCCCUUAAACUUUGUCAUGGAAAAAGUGGAGAGCAUCCUGCCUUCCAGCCUGUGGCACCAGCUGACUCGGAUCUAGGGGAGCCCACCCGUCCUCCCUGUCACCGCGCCCAGCAGGUGCCACCGUCUCCUUGUGCCAACUCCUCGUGGACCGCAAGAAAGCAUGACUUUGAAAAAGGGAAGCCAUUCCAGGAUUUUAAAACCUUCAUGAACUGUCUGUUCCAUAUUAAAAGCUGUUUUUGUUGUACAAAAUUCACUGAUGUUCAGUUCUAUUAUAUUUUGCCUUCAGAAAAGAAAAAAAGUCAAAAAUAAACUUUUGUGUAUUGCAGCAACCA